AUGGAUUCGACUGAGGGCGAGAAGUUGUCGGCGCGCAGCCAGAGUGGCGCGGAGCUCGACUCGCAGAGCGAGAAGAAUAUCGACUCCGCCAGGUCCGGCGCCUCCGAGACCAUGCCCGCACCCGCCCCCGCGGCCUCCGCCGAUGCGGGCCGCAUCAUGCGCGCGGACAGUGCUGCAGCCGGCUUCAACGCCCUCUCCGCCAGCACCCCGGUCUGCUACUGUGUGUACGAGGAGGUGGCGCAGGGCACCUUCUACUUCCAAUGGAAGGCUAACACCCAGGAGCCCAUCAACAACCAUGUGAUGAUGUUCGUGCCCAGCAAGACGGUCCCCAAGUUCAAGCUGGUCAACGACGGCGGCCGCUCCGAGCUGGCCACGCGCGUGAUGCCCGACAAGCAGAAGUUCUGGUCGUCCCUGUGCCUGUUCAUCAAGUCUGCGAAGGAGUACAAGGCCAAGCUGCAGCUGUUCCCCGGGUGGAACGACAUCGUCCCCUACAAGUCCGACAUUUACUUCCACAACGGCACCAACACGGUGACCAAGGUCGGAUACGAGCCCAUUGACCUCGAGGACGUUGCCGCGAUCGGCAUUGCCGGCCGCGCCAACCUUCUGAUGGCGAACAAGAUGUCUAAGGAGCAGUUCUCCCAGGGUGUCCGCAAAGGAGGAUACUGCCUGAUGCUCUGA